UUAGGACAGAAGAGUGGAAAUAAAUCAAAAAGUUUUGUUCGUACGUGUUUUCUGAUAAAACUUCGUACAUCUUACGUACGCGAUCUCUACAAUGUUUUGGACAGUCAUUCCCGCAAUAUAAAUAACACCUACCACAGUGCCGCGUACGCGUACAACAGUAGUGAUCAGUGAACAAACAACAGCUCCUACGUAUCAUCAAUAACUCAAUAUGAAAGUUACAGUUUCCACAUUAAACGAGGAGGUAUUCGUCCUCGAUGUAUCCGAAGAUUUGGAAUUGGAAAACUUUAAGGCGUUUUGUGAAAUAGAGUCCGGUUUUCCCGCGUCGCGGAUCACUUUGAUAUUCAACGGGAAGCCUAUGACCCACGACAAGAAGUCGCUGAAGGAGUUGGGCGUGCACGACGGGGACGUGAUCGUGAUGCUGCGAAUGGUGGCGCGCUCCGAUCCCGCGCUCGGAGUCGAAGACGCUAGCCAAGCUUUACCAACUGGCUUAGCAAAUCUCGACUUCAGCAAUAUUCAAGUGCCCCGGGCCGCGGCCGCCAGCACCUCCAUGGCCACAAGGGCGCCAGUGGAAGAGGAUCCCCGCAUCAUACGGGAGAUGUUCCUGGCUAAUCCGGAUCAACUUGCACUGCUCAAACAGAACAACCCCAGACUGGCUGACGCUCUGUUGAGUGGUAACCUUGAUUCGUUUGCGUCUGUGCUUCGGGAACAAAUAUCGGCGCGCACGGAGCGGCAACAACAACGUAUAAGGAUGAUGAAUUCAGACCCCUUCGAUACAGAAGCUCAGCGUAUGAUAGCGGAGGAGAUCCGUCAAAAGAACAUCGAGGCCAACAUGGAGGCGGCUAUGGAGUACAACCCAGAGACGUUCGGCACCGUGGUCAUGCUGUACAUCAACUGCCACGUCAACGGGUUUCCAGUGAAAGCGUUUAUCGACUCGGGUGCGCAAACUACCAUCAUGUCCGCCGCCUGCGCCGAGCGCUGCAACAUCAUGCGGCUCGUCGACACCAGAUGGGCAGGCAUAGCAAAAGGCGUGGGCAUCCAGCGGAUCAUCGGCCGCAUACACAUGGUGCAGAUGAGGAUUGAGAAGGACUUCCUCACCACCUCCUUCUCCGUGCUGGAAGAACAGCCCAUGGACAUGCUGCUCGGGCUUGAUAUGCUCAAACGUCAUCAGUGCAACAUCGACCUGAAGCGGAACGUGCUGCGCAUCGGCACGACGGGCACCGAGACACUGUUCCUGCCGGAGGCCGAGCUGCCGGAGUGCGCGCGCCUCUCGGGCGCCUCGGAGGACGAGCUGCUCGGCGCGCGCGACGAGCGCCAACUCAAGGAGGCGCUCGACAACUCCAGACAAGAUGCAGGUGCGUCGCCACGCGCGCCCGGCCCGGCGCAGCCGUCGACGCCGGCGGCGCCUGCCACGCAGCCGGUGCAGCCGCCCAGCCGGAUCGGUUUCCCGAACCCCAGCAUGACGAUCCUGCCUACGGACACAUUCAGCGAGACGGAGGUGGAGGAGAUCGUGGCGCUCGGCUUCACGCGGGAGCAGGUGCGUGUGCACUACUCCUCAGCGGAGCCAGGCCUUCUCCGUGCAGGAGAGACGAUCGUCGAGCUGCGGCGCUUCAACGGCGACAAGCGGCAGGCGACGGUGGCGCUGUUCGCCAAAUCGCUCAAGUUCUAGUCGCCGCGCCGCUGACUGCGUGCACUCGUCGACUGUUUCUUAUUUGUUAAGUUGUUUACAUUUGCGUGCAUUAUUUUUUCUAAUUUUGCUAACGAUAUGUAUAGAGGUUAGUAAACGCGUUUUCGUGAUUAUGAAAUGGCUCUCUUUUGACUCCGUUUGUGUCUGUCGGCGAGUCUUUCUGCGAUGACGACCGAAGUUUCUUGGUGUCGUCAUCGAUGAAAGUUUGGGUGUCCACGUCAAAUGUAUAACUGUUAUAAUAUCAAUUUAUUCAGGCAAAAGAGUCAUCAUUUGACACAUCUCGUUCAAUGUGCAAACGUAAGGUAUCAAAAUACAUAUCUAUUUUUCUUGCUUAUUUUAUAAAUAAUUAUAAUUACAUUUUGUUCUGUGCGGAACACUCGCGACCGCCCACCGGGCUUCUCGAUAUGUACACGUGCCUACUCGUAUUAUGUGUGCGCACUUUACAGACAAUAAAUAUAACGUUUACUGCCAAAUCAGUCCGCGUAUAAAAUCAAAUGUUGACGUCUAUUGCGUCGUGUAUAGUUUUGUUGUUUUCUGCGCUCUCGGAUGUUCCGUUCCUUAUCCGAACGGUCGGUGGGUGCGCCUGCGCGUGACACAGACGAGUUUACGACUUUCGGAACUGAUGUAUUUUCUGAAAUAACAAAUAGUAGUUAAGUUAUAUAGAGUAAGCGUUGUGUCGGUCGACGUGACGACCGCACGUCCGACGUCAAGCGGCACUCGUGGUGUCACAGAGUCGCCGCUGCGGGAGCGCCGCCCGCUGUGUCAUAUGUGUCACAUAUGAACUUCAUGAAAUGCAUAUCGGCACUAAAGCGAUAAUGAUCAACUUAUACAACGUGUGUAGGCUGUAAUGAUAGGCGUUUUUGGGUUCUCGGGAAUGGGUUUGUGAGACAAAAUCAAAAAUGUUUUGUCUGCCUGACGAGACGGACAGGUCUCGCGCGCUGAUCGCACGUAAACAAUGGAUUAUAUUCGUGUAAACACUAUCGAAAUCAUCUACAACAAUAUUUGUGUAAUUAAAAUAUAUACUUUAUAUUAUUAAUUAUAUACUUUUCUAAAUA